GAUGAUGAUGUUAUCUUAAUGCAUAUUUUGAAAACAGCCUCUUGCAGAUGCAAUAUUUUACAAAAACAUUGAUGUAAUCAAGAUUCUUGAGAUACAUGGAGCUAAGCAUCCGGUUGCUCCAAUGCACGUGAGGACUCCUCCUGAAGUCCCUGAGUAUGAAAUCAAUCCUAAUGAGCUUGAUUUCACUCAAAGCAAAGAGAUAACAAAGGGAACUUACUGUAUGGCAAUGUGGCGUGGCAUUCAAGUUGCGGUGAAAAAGCUCGAUGAUGAAGUUUUGAGCGAUGAUGAUCAAGUGAGGAAAUUUCACGAUGAGCUUGCAUUGCUCCAAAGGCUUAGGCAUCCAAACAUUGUGCAGUUUCUUGGUGCUGUUACUCAAAGUAAUCCUAUGAUGAUUGUGACUGAAUACUUGCCCAGGGGAGAUUUGCGUGAAUUGCUAAAAAGAAAAGGACAAUUGAAACCAGCUAAUGCUGUUAGAUAUGCCCUUGAUAUUGCAAGGGGAAUGAGCUAUCUUCACGAGAUCAAAGGUGACCCAAUAAUCCACCGUGAUCUUGAACCUUCAAACAUUUUACGGGAUGAUACAGGGCAUCUGAAAGUUGCAGACUUUGGAGUAAGUAAGCUUGUUACUGUUAAAGAAGACAAGCCUUUCACAUGUCAAGACACUUCUUGUCGAUAUAUUGCCCCAGAGGUUUUCACUAGUGAAGAAUACGAUACAAAAGCUGAUGUUUUCUCAUUUGCAUUGAUUGUUCAAGAGAUGAUCGAAGGCUGUAUGCCGUUUGCUGAAAAGGAUGACAGUGAAGCUUCUGAUGCUUAUGCUGGAAAAGCCCGGCCAUUAUUUAAAGCUCCAUCAAAGCAGUACCCACAUGGUCUUAAAACGUUGAUAGAAGAAUGCUGGCAUGAGAAACCUGCAAAACGACCAACUUUCAGAGAGAUCAUUAAACGGCUAGAGUCCAUUCUUCACCACAUGGGUCACAAGCGACAAUGGAGGAUGAGGCCAUUGACAUGCUUUCAGAACUUCGAGCACAAGAAGAAACAUAAUUGGGAUUUGAGCAGCCAUGACGGCUCAUCAUCCGGUUCACAUUUGUGAUUCUUUAAAGAAACGAUUCUUUUACAUUCCUUCCGGUUUAGUUUGGUUUUCCCCCAAAGCAACCGAAAUUGACUUUUGUGAUUUGUCUUCUCACUGAAGAGUUUGACCAAAGAAAAAGAAAAAAAAAGAUGUACACUGACGAACUCAAGAUUCAAGAAAAGUUUUCGUGUGGACAAAUACUGCAUUCUCAUUGUAGUAUAAAAAUAUUGUUGUAAGAUUUAUGAUUUCAAUCUCAAUAUCUGCUGUUGUAAUCAAAAUUUAUUGUAAGAUUCAUGACUACAAAGUCCAUCUAUGAUCCCUAACUUCGAAAUGUAAGCAUAGCUCUUGCAAUGUUAAAGUUUAAUAGUUAGCUUC